AUGAUGUCCCUUUCACAAAAUGUCGAUCCUGGACAGGUGAUUAAAGUUAAGUUUGAUAAAGAUGGUGGUGCUGUUGAAGCAAUUUUCUUAGGCUUUAUUCUAACAAUGAGUGACGCCGACAAGAUCUAUUAUACAUGUCCACGAUGUCGUGCGAGGGUUUGGGUAUAUCGUACAUAUCCUCAAUUUGUGGGACGACCAUGCCUUAGUUGUCAACCACCAGGACUCCAAGAUGCUGGAAGAGCAAUUGGAUGUUCGAUUAGUUGA